UGGCAUGUCAUUGAUGUUAUUUUGUCAUCGUAAAAGGUGGCCGUUGUAAACACAUAGCCUAAACUGAUUCAGAGAGGUAGAACACUGGCAGGUUAGCGGCCGUAUGAAAGGAAUGUGGAUGAAGAGCAAUCGACAGCACAGCGCAUGAAGAGCUCCCAGCGCGGCGCGAAAGUGAGAUCAAGCGGGAUGCAGUUGCAACCUGAAGCCCAGUCAGUGUAGAUUGGAGUUGGCAUUUGCUGUUAUCUCGGUAGCAUCAAACCUGACCUUUUAUCCAAUGGCGUGCAUCUUUGAAGUAUGUGCUCUCCACAGGUUUUCUGUCUCCCAAAGGGCGAUAUGGUUAUCCUCUUGGUAAAGAAAGAGACACUUUUCUCAUAAAAUUCAACUACUCUUCAACUACUCUUUUCGGACUGCUCUUGUGUUUUGGAUUGCCUUAAAUUUCUCGAGUAUUUCAAGAUGUAGCAGCCAUCCUGAGUGGGUAAUAAUGGUGAUGCUGUUCCUGGUCCUCUCCUCAGGUGACAGAGGCCCCAGGAGAGGGAGAGGCUGGCCUGGCGGUAGGCUGGCAGCAUGAAGCACCUAGCCAUCUCCAAGUGGCUCAGUCAGCUGGGUCUGCCGCAGUACUGCACUCUGUUUGACGACGACUAUGAUGGGGUGGAGGACCUGUUGCAUCUGAAUGAGCUGGAUCUGCUGGAGCUGGGGGUCCGUAACCACCUCCACCGCAUCCACCUCCUCACGAGCAUCCAGAUACUGCAGGAGAGCGAGAGGAGGAGAGAGCUGAGGAUGAUGGCGGAGGGGAAGUUUGCCAGUCUGCCCAGGAAUAUGCACAUGGGCGUGGGCAGCAGGCCGUGUCCCCUGGCCUCCUCCAUGGACCUGCUGACCUCCAGGCCUGCAGUACCAGAGCUGCCCCAGGCCGGAUACCACAGUGUCUCCAUCCAUGGCACUCUGCCUAGGAGGAAGAAAGGGUCCCCAGCCCCUGCCCAGGGCCCUGCCCGCUCCUGGGACAUGUACAGCCACAUGGGCACCCUUCCCCACCCGGCCCGCACCCGCCUGCCCUCCUCGCCACUCAUUCACAACAUCAUAGAGGAACACCAGCCUUACCAUACAGGGAGGGAAGGCCGCUCUGCAUACAGGGACCUCAGCAGCAGCAUGGAUCCCACCAUGGAGUAUGUCAAGUUCUCCAGGGACAAGUACAUCAUGGAGGGCCCACCGGAGAAACUACGCAAGGAGCUGGAAGACGAGCUGAAGCUGGGCAGUGAGGAACCACGCAGCCACGCCUGGUACCAUGGUGCCAUCCCCAGACAGGUGGCAGAGAACCUGAUCCAGAGAGAUGGGGACUUCCUGAUCCGGGACUCUCUGUCCAGCCCUGGGAACUACGUCCUGACCUGCCAGUGGAAGAAUAGCCCGCAACACUUCAAGAUCAACAAGAAGGUGGUGGCCAUGAAUGAGGCUUACUCCCGGGUGCAGUACCUGUUCGAGAAGGAGGGCUUCGACAGCGUGCCUGCCCUGGUGCGUUACUACGUUGGCAACAGGAAGCCAGUGACGGAGGCGGUGGGGGCCAUCGUCUUCCAGCCCAUCAAUAGGGCCUUGCCCCUGCGCUGCCUAGAGGAGAAGUAUGGUGUGGCCUGUGUCCGUGUGGAAGCUGGCCUGACCCUGCCCGAGAGGAAGAGCCAGACAUCUAAACGCCUGAGCCUCAACAUCAUGAACGGACACACCCAGGACCACAGCCUCGGACGGGGGAACCUGCUUAGGAACAAAGACAAGUGUGGAAGCCAGCCGGCGUGUCUGAACCACGUUCAGGAGAGACGACGGCCCCUCAAAACCCACCAGUCAGAGAGCUUCCUCCCGCUAGGCUCCAGGCCCCAGCCCCAGCUCAUGGAGCACCAGCCAAGCCCCAAGUCUCCAGUAUUCAGGACGGGUAGUGAGCCGGCACUCAGCCCCACCGUGCCAAGGAGGAUGGACUUUGAGACCCAGGCCGGGGAGGCCAUACGGGGCUCAGACAGCCAGCUCUGCCCCAAGCCGCCCCCUAAGCCCAGCAAGGUGCCCUCCAUCAGGAUGCCCCACUCCCCACGUCUGCAGCCCCUGGCUGCCCCAGCCCAGGGCCCCCCUGUACCCCCACUGAAACCCAAGAAGCAGCAUGUGAUCCAGGCUCUCCAGCCUCUGCAGCCCCCCAGCCCAGAAGUGAAUUACUGUGAACUCAGCCCCUGCAGCCCAGCAGAGUUGGACAGGCUCCAGGCCCCAGCCCCAGGGCCCCAGCCCAACAACAACAGCUACGUAGAGAGGCUGAGGACGGAGGAGAGCCAGAGGAGCAGAUUGGACCGCAGCUCCUACCACCACGCCAUCGAAGCCCUGGAGAAUGGCAGCAAAGAGGAGGUGGAAGGAGGUGGAAAAGGAGGGAUGGAAGAGAUAGAGGAGACUGUGGAGGAGAAGGAGAGAAGCUUCCAACGGCCGGUGUUUGAGACUGCGUCUGCGUUCCGGCCGGGGGAGUUUGAGUCGAGGCUGCUGCCUGCAGAGAACAAACCCCUCGAGAUGAGUGUACUGAAGAGAGCCAAAGAGCUGCUGGUCCAUAAAGACCAUCACAUCAUCGCCAAACACAUCCUCAUGGCAGACUGCCAGGUUGCUAGGGUACAUGGCAUCUCUGAGGAGGCGAAAGGUCAAAUGGGUGUGUCCUCUGGUCUGGAGCUGGUGACCUUACCCCACGGCAGGCAGCUGCGGCAAGACCUGAUGGAAAGGCACCACACCAUGGCCAUCGGGGUUGCCGUGGACAUCCUGGGCUGCACAGGAAGUCUGGAGGAGCGGAGCGCCACACUGAACCGUAUCAUCAUGGUGGCUCUAGAACUGAAGGACUCCAUGGGGGACCUGUACGCCUUCUCCUCCAUCAUGAAAGCACUGGACAUGCCUCAGAUCACACGGUUAGACCAGACCUGGACCAUGCUGAGGAGGAAGUACACUCAGACUGCCAUCAUAUACGAGAAGUCUCUCAAGCCAUUUUACAAGGGACUGUAUGAAGGAACAGUGGACAUGCCCCUGACUGGCACCACAGUGCCUCUACUGAUGCCACUGCUGAUGCUCAUGGAGCGCCCGGCGGUGGCGUUCGAGGGCAUGGAGCUGUGGGAGAGCAACGACCAGGGCUGUGAAAUCCUGCUACGCCACCUGGAGGAGGCUCGCAGCGUGGCACACAAUGCUGACUCAUACACCGCCAACACUGAACGAGUCCUGCAAGAUUUCCAGGCUGAUGAGGAUCUGUUGGAGAUCUGUAAAACAGACUUCCAGCUGCGUCUGCUGUGGGGCAGCAGAGGGGCGGCUGUCAACCAGACGGAGAGAUACGACAAGUUCACACUCAUCCUGACUGCUCUGUCCAGGAAGCUAGAGCCAGCGGUCAAACACACAGAACUCUGAACAGGACAGUCAGGCUGGUUAAGAGAGAGGAUGAGGAAGAUUGUUACAGAGCGAGACCGCUGUCCUUUCCCAACCUGUCCACUGGAGUGAGUCAGAUCCAUUUGGAACUCAUCCUUGGCAGGACACCGAUCUGAGUGUGCUGAUAUGAAGGGGAAAAAUGUCCCUCCUUGACGCAGGACGGGGGGGGGGUUGCCUGGUCCCAGAUCUGUUUGUGCUCUUGCCCACUAUUUGGGGUCGGCAGGUAGCCUAGUGGUUAGAGCGUUGGGCCAGUAACUGAAAGGUUGCUGGAUCGAAUCCCCGAGCUGACAAGGUAAUAAUCUGUCAUUCUGCCCCUGAACAAGGCAGUUAACACAUUGUUCCCCGGUAGGCUGUCAUUGUAACUAAGAAUUUGUCUUGCCUAGUUAAAUAAAGGUAAUUUUUUUAUUAAAAAAAAAAAAAUACUCCGUUGCCAAUGGCAUGACAAUGAGUGUCAGGGAGUUGGCACAAUUGCACAAACAGACUGUCACCCAGGUUAGGAGGGGGGCAUUUACACCAUAUAUGGUAGUGUAGCCCUUUGACCCUGGUCCUUAGUCAUCCUACUGUAUGUUAGACUGGAACACACACCGACCACAGAGAGGACUCAAGAAGUGUUUCUGAAAGUGUUUGUCAGAUGGAAAUGUAUGUAUGAAUGUGUCACUAAAGUAGUGAUUGUACACCCUUGUUAUAACGGUACAACAAUGACUUUGAAAGGAGAACAUAGAAUGACGAGACAGAAGUAGAAGGAGGAAAACGAUUGGUCGCUAUACAAUAGAGGCAGUUUAACCGUAUAUCUUCAAUACUAUAUACUGUAUGUACAUUAACUAGAUCUUCGACUGUGUGUUCCAUGUUCCUCAGAUGGUAUGAGUUCAUCUGGAUAAUCCUGAAUGGUGUACAUAAUACAUAAUCAUGUGAAUGCUAGACUGUAAUAUAUUUCCCUCUUAAAUAUUGACUUGUAAAUAGAGUUGAGUAUAAUAUCUUUAUAUGAAUUAUUGUCAAGAAAUGAAUAAAUAGAUGAAGAAAUUACAUGGUGUCUGAGUAACAACAACAACCGUGGAACAUUUCACAGUAAGUAUUAUGAUGCAAGAAAAUGGUCUGGAUUCCAUCCAUAUCACACAAGUAUUGUGGAAGAUCAGAGUUCACAGUAAGUAUUAUGAUGCAAGAAAAUGGUCUGGGUUCCAUCCAUAUCACACAAGUAUUGUGGAAGAUCAGAGUUCACAGUAAGUAUUAUGAUGCAAGAAAAUGGUCUGGAUUCCAUCCAUAUCACACAAGUAUUGUGGAAGAUCAGAGUUCACAGUAAGUAUUAUGAUGAAAAACAAUGGUCUGGGUUCCAUCCAUAUCACACAAGUAUUGUGGAAGAUCAGAGUUCUUGCUGGAUUGAAAUGGAAAAAGGUGGAGACUGUAUUGACGGGAAACACUGCAAUGUCGUCUCAGUUGGAAAUCACCUUUAUAUUUGAACAUGGAUCUUAUGCGAUACAGAUUGAAUCCAGCCCUGUGUAAAUUAGGAGGGAAUAAGCCGAAAAUCCAGAAUAGUCCAACCAGGAUUUUUGGAAAACCAGGGAAUUUUACAACCCUAAUGAAGGCUUCAAUAAGAUGCUAAAUGUUCUUUGGUAUGUUCAUGUGUUUGUUUUAUUAGAACAAUGAGAAAAAAACAGAUUCCCCCCCCCCACAAAGUGUCUUGACAACAUGAAAAAGUAAAGAGAUGUGCACAACAACAUGAAGAAGUAGAAGUACUGCCAUUGAUUAUUACAAUGUGUUAAAAUAAGAGUCAACAGUGAGAUUAUCAUAUCUACUUUUUGCAAUUAAAUGAAUUUGCUACCAUGCCAACUCAGCUAGGUUGGUAGAUAACACAAUUUGCUCCUUGCCGUGAUAUGCGUGAAUUCUUUAUAUCAUCUUAAAGCAUAUUGUUAGGAGGUUUUUUUGCAUAAUGAUCAGAAUUACAGCAUAAUGGAUAUGAUUUAGCUCACAGUUUUAAUCCAAAGUGAAAAUCACAUUUUUAAAUGUGGUUGCUAGUGAAAAACCUACAGCAUUAUCUAUCGUCAUACUUUGUCACCACUGAAGGCCACUUGCACCACGGUGCCAAGAAUACGGUUAGCACUGUUUUAGGCCAUUAGAGACAAGCAUGUCAAAAUCCUACGAAUGAAGGAUAGCCAGACACACACACUGCUGAAAUUAAUGGGUUACGGUGCUUCAUAUUCAAAUCAACUACUUACACCAUGACAGCUUUUCCUGAUUUAGAGAUCUACAAUGCCAUGUUCUAGAUAUUGGAUGAUAUUGUAGGGUAGGGUCAAUACAUAUUUGCUGUAAGCUCCAGAAAUGUUGAGUCAAGCAUGCACCUUCAUGCCCUGAAAGCCAUUCAAGGGAAUUUCACUGAAACGAAAGGGAGGAUUCCAACCCCCACUUUCUGAUAACACACCUAUUAACCAGUUCAACAAGAGAGGAGUGAUGAUUCAAAUGAGAGCAUUCAUGCAGGCAAUGGAAUUUACAUGAUAAACUAAAAAUCACAGGAUUUAUAUAACAUGCACUGUUCCAUUUGAUCUGCAUGAGCUUUGUUAGUGCACAUUAAAUCAACGAAGCAGAUCGGUCUUAAUCAAGACAUCCAAUGGAAGUACGAACAUGGGGUUCUUUAGGAAGUUCAGAGGUACAGUUCAAGUAAGAUGAGCAUAUCAUGAUAUGAUAACAAUGUCACUUUCACAGCUUUAAGUAUUGAUGAAGAACUAAAGCACUGCUCGUAUAAGCAUUUCAGAGUGGGACCAUCAGAUUUACAGCAGAAAAAGUUGUUUUUAAUGGUGAAUAUUAUACCCUGCCAAGGGUAAAACGCUGUGUCAGUCUCAUAAAAGCUACUUAACUUCUUUGAUUAAAGUCCAAUCACUCACCAUGUCAAUUAUGCUCAUAUGCAAAUUCAAUUCACUUUCAAAUUCAUUCAAUUCAAGAGGGUUAGUAUCAAAAGCAUUUACACGGCUAGCUACAGUAAAUGCCUUUAUUUUGUGGUAGUUCUGAACUCUACACCUCCUAUAAUAACAUAGUGGUCACCUUACAUUUGUACAAAAGGUAGCAUACAGAGUCCAUUUCAUUCAUUCAUUUAUUCAUUGAUAUUCGAUUCAAAUGCUAUAGGGCAAAAGUGCAUCAGUGAAGACCAUGUCCCUAUUCAGAAGGAUGUUCUGACAACAAUGCAUGGUUACUUUGAGCUAACGGCACGGCACGAUUCUGAGAAGUGAGUCAUUCAUCUGAUUAAAAUCCCUAUAAAAAGUCACAAUAAAAACACAUUCAGCAUGAAAUAAAAGAGAUGUUAAUACAUACAAUUUAGUAAUAAAACAAACUACGUAUAUGCAUACACACAUUAGUACGCAUACAUAUGUAUAAUCACAUUCACAAUUAUAAUAUGCGCUUGAAACAGGAACGGUAUGGGAAUGCAACACUCUUUCACGUGGAGACCGCACGCAGCAAAGCCCCAGGAUGCUCCUGUAAGACCGAGGAGAAGAGACGCGGCAGGAGUCUGGGUGGGGCCCAGAGGAGCACCACAGCAAGCCACCGUAGACUGUCGGUUGGAGCCCUUGUGUGCGGCAGAGAGUGAUGGAAGAGCAAUCAGCAGGUCCAUCCCCACUCCCAGAGUUAGUAUUAAGGCAGAGACUGCAAGGAGAUUUGGAGUGUUGUUGUUGAAUUGCGGGUUGAUGCCCAGUCAUUUGUCUCAGCUCAGCCUCCAGGUUUCCUAGCCUGAGCUGCUGUGUGAUGACUGGCUGGUGAGGGAGGAGGUUUCCUAGCCUGAGCUGCUGUGUGAUGACUGGCUGGUGAGGGAGGAGGUUUCCUAGCCUGAGCUGCUGUGUGAUGACUGGCUGGUGAGGGAGGAGGGCCCUCUGCUGGCAUGCUGCCUUUCUCCAGUCUGCGGUGCUGGUGCAGGGUUGAGGAGGAGGGGAUGAAGUGGUAGUGUAAGGGCAGGCAUGCUGUUUCUAGAGAAGUACUGCUCCUACGCUGAUCUGAGUGGCCGUGCCACAUGAGAUCCUGAACAACAGCACGACAGAGGUGACGCUCAACACACACACGGCAUGAUGGGAAUGUUUUGAUUAACACAGAAAGAAAAGAAACGGAGAGACAAAAGAAACCAAAAUCGUGGAUGAAUGAAGGAGACAAGACAGGAAGAUUAGAAGUGAACCAACGGGCGGCGAGGGCAACCACAGAGUUACAUACAAGACGCUGCAUUCCUUCCCGUAUGACGUAAUGACAGUUCAUAUUACAGACAUGCUGAAGCACGUUAAGGUAAGGCGACCGCAGGCGAGUAGCACAGACAGGCAGACAUUCCCAACAACGGAAUGAGAAUGUAACAAUGCGACAACAAGGCAGGCUGUUAGUGCUGGAUGUUGCCUGAAGAGCAGAAAUACAACAUUAAGAGAUACGUAAUAGUGGAGUAGUAGUGUGUUCAUUGCUUAUCUCUCAUUAUAAAAGAUGUUGUGAGUCGCUAACUAUAAGCCCCCUCCCUGGUCCCUGAUCUUGCUGGUAUGCUGCAGUGGAUUGGUUACUCUGUGUUGUGUAUAGACAGUUUAGAAGAACACUCCCCUCCUAUAGAGGCAUAGCUACCACCUCAGGAAUCUUCACUGCUAUGGAAUGAUGUUAAUGGCCAUGGAUGUGUGCAUGCAAACAUGUGACCUGCCAACCCCCUCCCCUCCCAAGUCAAGCCCUGCCUGCCACUAGCUCCACCAGACUCAGCAUGUACCCUCCACCAAAGACCUCGCCACACUGCUCCACUCAGGAACCUGCAGUCCAACAGGAGAGAGAGAGAGAAAGGAGAGGAGUUACUGUACCGACCCCCACCCCUAGGACAGAGACAGAUAGCGGACAGUAAGUAGUACACAGUGAAGAACCACGCCCCUGGGUGUAAUAUAGCCCUGACCACCAGAGGGCAGCAUUGUUGUGACACACACACAUACAAAUCAAAGGAAGAGAGAAGAAGUGUACAAUUAUCUUAAAGGGUAGUAUGGUGGUGGGAAAUAUGAGUCAUAUAGGCACAAACUAGGCCACUCCUUACCGGGACGUAUUACUGCAUUCCUGUCUUAAUAGGUGGAGCAGAGUACUUAACAUACCAGGCUCACAACAGCUGAGUGAUAACAUAUAGACAAUACAAUGGGUCAAAUCUGUAUACGUCACUUUUCCUAUUUUCCAAAUCACUUUGAUCCAAAGUAGAAAGAUCUUAAAACCAGAAGAGCAUUUUAUCAUCUACCUUAAAAAAA